AUGAAUAGGCCUUUACAUAAUACCGAGCAAAGGGGAAACAAAGUACCCAACUAUGCUCAAGCUGCCGCAAAAUCACAGCAACCACAACAGCAACAACCAGCACCACAGCAACAGCAACCAACGCGAGGCCAUCAACCGCAGCAGCAAUCGGCACAGCAUGAGAUGGAGCAACCGCCUUUUGCUAAGAACGCUGGAUCUACAUACAAGAAAUCCACAGGUGGUCAUUCACAGUCGUCCUAUCAUGGACACAAAAACUCGUACAAUAACAACAACAGCAACAACAGAAAGGACAAUACAUACGUCAAUAGAAAGGCUUCUGUACAAUUGCCAAUGCCACCACCUACAGAUACUGCUCCUAUUCAAUUUGGAUCUAUUAACCAACCUUCGUCGUCGUCGCCAAAUCCAUCAUUACCACCCACAGCAACGGCAUCGGCACAGCAACAGAUACCUGUGGUAAGAGCACCAUCAGACGCUCAAUUUGGUGGCUCACCAGCUGCAAAUGAUGUGCAUCAUCGUCCUCCCCCUCCCACAUCGAAUCAGAUAAGGCAAUCACCUCAACAACAACAACAACAACAACAACAAUUAAAAGAGAUACCCAGAUCACCUCGUACCACCAAUGAUGGACGAUUAUUCACUCAACCUUACGCGCCUCGUCGAGAUUUCAAUCAAGGGGAUCACUACAACAGUAAUAAUCGCUAUAAUAAUAACAAUAACAACUAUAAUAACAACAGCUACAGAAAUAAUGGUUAUGCCAGACCUCCACCACCUCAGCAUUCCCCAAACCAGCCCUACCACCAUCAUCCUCACCCAGUACAGUACUCUCCCCAACAGAUGCCACACCAACAAAACCUGCCUCCUUCGCCCAUGAGUCACCGAGCUUCACCGAAUAUGAACACUUACACCAACACAAAGAAAAACAACACAAAUAUAUCUCCUCAUAUUCCUCAUUCAUCCCCUCAGCAAAAUAUCCAAAUGACUGCCGCAAGUUGGUCUCCUGCUGGUCAAUAUUUUUAUCCCCAAUAUCCCGUCUCUGUUCCCUCCUACAACGUACCUACGACAGCCACCCGCCCGCCCAUCGUCCCACCUCCUACGACUCGCAAAAGAAUCGCCAUCAUUGAUCCCAACACGGGCGUAGCCCUUAACACGAGCCCCAUGAGCCUGACUUCAUCGUCUACAUCACUCUCCCAUCAUCAUCCUUCACCCCACAAGGAGGAAAAGCAUUUGGAUUUCGUGAAACCACCUCAUACAUCGAAAGCUGUCUCUAUCGUAGAUCCAGCUAUUCGUGAUCGUGAAUUGCGCGAAAAACGAGAACGUGAGGAAGCUGAACAGGAGGCGCUGAAAAAGGCAGAGGAGGAGAAGAAGGAAGCCGAACGAAAAGCAGCUGAGGAAAAGGAACGUCUGGAAAAGGAGCGUUUGGAAGCAGAGCGGUUAGAGGCUGAGCGGUUAGAGGCUGAGCGGUUAGAGGCUGAGCGAAUCAAAGAAGAAGAGCGAAAGAAGGAAGCGGAUCGUUUGGAGGCAGAACGCUUAGAAGAAGAGCGACAAAAGGAGGCAGAACGAGUUCGUUUGGCAGAAGAAGCAUCCGCCAUCGCAGCUGCUGCACUGGAAAAGAAGAAACAAGAGGAGGAAUCACGUCGUAAAGCUGAAGAGGAAAAGGAAUCCAAGCGAGUGAUCAGCGAGUUGGAAGCGGAAAAGAAGAGACAGGGAGAAGCGCCUGCUCAAAAGGCAGGCCGUGUGCCAUCCAAGCUGGAGAUGCCUGCCAAUCCCUUGACACAAUCUCCUACAGCUUCCCCCAUCCACAGCGAUCCUAAAAAGCAACAGCAGUCUAUCAAGAUGAUUGAUGAUUUCAGUGCUGUUCAUUAUCCUGCUGGCAUCAAGCCUCCUGGAGCGCAAGACAGCAAAAAGCAUGUGUACAGCAUUGAUUUCUUGCUUCAGUUCCAGCAAUUAUGCCUCGACACCAAUGAAGAUUUAUCCGCCAUCAACUUUAAGGAAAUGGACACUCAUUCUCGCUCUGGAUCCAUGCGCCAGCCUUCAGAUCGUGGUGGCGGAGGAAGAGGAGUCCCCCGUACACCAGGCGCAUCUAAUCUGACAGGCGACAACAUGUUUAGAAUGAAUUCCCGUGAUGGCCGUAUGGAAAUGGGCAAGUUCAACAUGGGCCGACCAUUGACCGGUCGCAACAACAGCUCGCACAUGGAGCGACAAGGAUCCCAUGGUGGCAGCCGUGGCGGUGGAUCUAUGCGUGGUGGCAGAGGAGGCAGCAGCGGUAUGAAGGUGAUUCGUAACCCAGCCAUCUUGAAUCAGCAGCAAGGAGCGCCUACUAUCCCCAUGGAACAAGUUGCACCACUGGAAAAGACUGAAAACAGAUGGGUUCCUACUGUCGGUUCACAAUUAGCACAGCCUCCAGCUGAAGGCGAGCUGAUGUCACAGGAAUACAUUACACGUAAGGUCAAUGCUCUGCUCAACAAGCUCACUGUGGAAAAGUUCGACUCCAUCUCUACACAAAUCUUUGAAUACGCUCGUCAAUCAGCAAAGGAAAACGACGGCAGAUCGCUUCGUACUGUGAUGAAGCUGACGUUUGAAAAGGCUUGUGAUGAACCUGCAUUUGCCAGUAUGUGGGCCCGCUUGUGUCGAUCCAUGUAUGACGCCAUGACAGACGAUAUCAAGGACACCAGCAUCUUGGAUGAGAACAACAAGCCAUCUUCCGGCAUCCUGUUGUUUAGAAAGUACCUGUUCAACCGCUGUCAAGUCGAAUUUGAAAAGGGUUGGAAAGUCAAUAUGCCUGAAAUGGACGAAGUCGAUGGUAUGAUGACUGAAGAGUACUAUGCUGCAGCCAAGGCCAAGCGUCAAGGUUUGGGCUUGAUUCAGUUUAUUGGUGAAUUGUUUAAAUUGGAAAUGCUUUCAGAGCGUAUCAUGUAUGGAUGUAUGAUCAAACUCUGCAACGAUCCUACCAACGCAGGCGACGAAGAAGCUGAAUCACUCUGCAAACUGAUUACUACCAUUGGUAAAGCACUGGACAGCAAGCCUAAAACAGCCAAAUGGGUGGAUAUUGUCAUUCAGCGCAUGAAGAACGAAAUGGUGCUCAGUCCCAAAUUGACAUCUCGUGUCAAAUUCAUGAUCCAGGAUUUGGUUGAUUUGCGCAAGGAUAAAUGGGUACCUCGUAUUGGAGGUAAUCAAGUUGGACCUACUACCAUCGCCAAGAUCCAUGAAAUGGCAGAAAAGGCAAAGGAGGAAAAGGAAGCAGCCGCUGCUGCCAUGAAGCGUAACAACAGCUCUCGCGGACAAUUUAUACCCAACAAUAACCAAUACAAUAACAACAGCAUGGCUCGUGGUAAUUCUUAUCGUGGUAGCAAUAGUGGAAAGGACUAUUUCAACAGCAAUAACAACAACAACAGUGGCGGUGGUGGUGGCGGUGAUGGUUGGAAUACGGUGGCCACUGGUGCCAACAACAAGAGUCGCCCCGCAGAGCUCUCCAACUUUGGCAAAACUGACAGAAGCAGAUCACGAACCAACAUUCUGGGCCCUUCCAACAGUCCUUUCCCUAGCUUAAGUCGUGGUAAAUCAGCUACCAACAUGGAUACAAAGAACAUGGACGGUAGAUCCAGUCCUGCUACCAACAUGUUUAGUGCUUUACUAAACGGUAGUAGCGAAAAGCCUGAAGAACGCAAGAAGCUCAAUUUGGCACCAAGAUCCUCAUCUACCACAGCAGAGGCAUCUUCUUUUGAAAAAGCACCCAAGUUAUCCGAUGAAGCCAUCAAACGUAAAUGCAAGAAUAUCAUUGAGGAAUAUUUGGGUAUCCGUGAUAAGAAGGAACUUGUUGAAUGCGUCAAAGAACUCGACGAUCCCGAUUAUCUUGUAGUGUUUAUUGGUGAAAUGCUGACGGUAGUAGAAAAGAAGGCACAAGAUGUGGACGACAUGUGCAAAACCAUUGAUUAUCUCAACAGCGAAAAGCUACUGCAAAAAGAUUUAUAUAUCAAAGCAUUCAAGCAAUUUAUGGAAGGAUACGAUGAUUUAACCAUCGAUGUCCCUCAAGCACCCAAAUACGUGGCUCAACUCAUGGCUGCUUCCUCUGUUUCACCAGAUGAAGUGGGUGGAGAUGAGUACGCUUCUUUACAAAAGGCUUACAAGACUUUGGUGGAGUGA